ACUCGGCUGUGAAAUGCAGGCAAUGGCGCUCUCCCCAGUCAGGUCUUCGCGAGUGAGGGCAUGAUGUCCCUGCGGUUGUGAACCAGUUUUGUUGCCCGCGCCCACCGCCAGGUCCCUUCCCCAGGCCUCCCGGUAUCAGACGUCUCCCCGGGAGGCGCCGAGGACACAGCCAGCAUGAACUGGGCAUUUCUGCAGGGCCUCCUGAGCGGCGUCAACAAGUACUCCACGGCCCUGGGCCGCAUCUGGCUGUCCGUGGUGUUCAUCUUCCGUGUGCUGGUGUACGUGGUGGCGGCCGAGGACGUGUGGGACGACGAGCAGAAGGACUUUGACUGCAACACCCGCCAGCCGGGCUGCACCAACGUCUGCUACGACGAGUUCUUCCCCGUGUCCCACGUGCGCCUCUGGGCCCUGCAGCUCAUCCUGGUCACGUGCCCGUCGCUGCUGGUGGUCAUGCACGUGGCCUACCGGGAGGACCGCGAGCGCAAGCACCGCCUAAAGCACGGACCCAACGCCCCACCCCUGUACAGCAACCUGGGCAAGAAGCGGGGUGGGCUGUGGUGGACGUACCUGCUGAGCCUCAUCUUCAAGGCAGCCGUGGACUCUGCCUUCCUCUACAUCUUCCACCGCCUCUAUCAGGACUACGACAUGCCCCGCGUGGUGGCCUGCUCCGUGGAGCCUUGCCCCCACACCGUGAACUGCUACAUCUCCCGACCCACGGAAAAGAAGGUCUUCACUUACUUCAUGGUAGCCACUGCUGCCGUCUGUAUCCUGCUGAACCUCAGUGAGGUCGCCUACCUGGUGGGCAAGAGAUGCCUGGAGAUCUUCAGCCCCAAGCACCGUCAUUCUCGGCGCCGGGGUGACAUGUGCCCACCUUAUAUCCUGUCAUACAGAGAACACACCCAGAACGGGGACUCUGUCCCAAUGAAGGCCGUGCCAGCUGCAGUGGACACAGGAAUGUUUCCAUAACAUAUGAGAUCGGCAGCUAGGAUGGCCAGGCCUGUCCCUGCAUGGUCCCUGAAGCCACCCAGCGUUGUCAUGACAACUGCAGCAGGGCAGGCUGGGGUUGGGGUGGCCGUGGGGGCAGAGGAAGCUCUCCCAGGGCCAGUGCGGGCAGCGCGCACCUGGAUCAGAGAAGUCGCUGACUAUUGGAGAUUUUUGUACAUGGCAUAGGGAGCCUCCAAACCCUCAAUAAAUGAUGUUGUCGGGCCUGGUGCGGUGGCCUAGCAGCUAAAGUCCUCACCUUGAACGCACCAGGAUCCCAUAUGGGCACCGGUUCUAAUCCCGACGACCCUGCUUCCCAUC